AUGUCCUUCUGCGAGCAGUGCAAGCAGCCCUGCCUGCCCCCUCCCACCUGUGUGAAGAAGAGCUCGCCGUGCGUGGAGCCCUGCAGCACAGUGUGCGUGGAUCGCUGCAGCACAGUGUGUGUGAAGCCCUGUACCACGCAGUGCGUGGAGGUCUGCCCUCCCAAGUGCGUGGACGUCUGCAGCAAGCCCUGUGCCACCCAGUGCACCACGUGCUGCAGCACCCAGUGCACGGACCCCUGCACCACCCAGUGCGCUACGCGCUGCUACACCACCCAGUGCGUGGAGCCCUGCAGCACGGUGUGCGUCACCCAGUGCGUGGAGCCCUGCAGCACACAGCGCGUGGAGCCCUGCAGCACACAGUGCGUGGAGCCCUGUGCCACCCAGUGCACCACGCGCUCCUAUACCACCCAGUGCGUGGAGCCCUGCAGCACGGUGUGCGUGGAGCCCUGCGCCACGCAACGUGUGGAGGUCUGCCCUCCCAAGUGCGUGGACGUCUGCAGCAAGCCCUGUGCCACCCAGUGCGUGGAGCCCUGCAGCACACAGCGCGUGGAGCCCUGCAGCACACAGUGCGUGGAGGUCUGCCCCCCUAAGUGCGUGGACGUCUGCAGCAAGCCCUGUGCCACCCAGUGCACCACACGCUCCUAUACCACCCAGUGCGUGGAGCCCUGCAGCACGCAGUGCGUGGAGCCCUGUGUUACCCAAUGCCGCACCAAGUGUGUGGAGCCCUGCCCAGCCCAGUGCGUGGAGGUGUGUGCCCCCAGGUGCGUGGAUAAGUGCGAGACGGUGUGCCUGGAGCCAUGCACCACGGCCUGCUCUCAUCCGUGCUGA